UGGCUCUUGCGCCCUCUAGUGGCAGAUGUGCGGUGGUAUAUUUUGACGUUUCCGUCUCCGGGCAGACAUAUUGCUUACAGGAGUAAAUUCUGGAAAGCUAGAAGAGGGAAAGGAUUUAAAUAGGUUUAUAUAUUCACAGCGUGAUACGUUCAAACUAUACGAGAUACAAUGGCAGAGCCGUCAGCUAGUCCAGCAAAAGAUAACUACAGGAUGAACCGCUACAAGAACAAAGCACUAAACCCAGAGGAAAUGAGACGAAGGAGAGAGGAGGAGGGUAUCCAACUCAGGAAACAGAAACGAGAACAACAGCUUUUCAAGAGGAGGAAUGUGGACAUUCUCAAUGAGGAAGAAGCCAUGUUUGAGAGCCCACUGGUAGACUCAUACCUCAGCUCUCCACAAACAGAAGGAGUUAUUACUAGAGACAUGGUUGAGAUGCUUUUCUCAGAAGACCCAGAGCUUCAGCUUGUCACAACACAAAAGUUCAGAAAACUACUUUCCAAAGAGCCCAACCCACCUAUUGAUGAAGUUAUAAACACGGCCGGAGUUGUGGAGAGGUUUGUGGAGUUUCUGAAGAAGAGCGUCAACUGCACACUACAGUUUGAAGCUGCCUGGGCACUGACCAACAUCGCGUCAGGCACGUCCAUGCAGACAAAAACUGUUAUAGAGGCAGGAGCUGUGCCAAUCUUCAUUGAACUACUCAACUCAGAUUUUGAGGAUGUACAGGAACAGGCGGUGUGGGCCCUGGGUAAUAUUGCAGGCGAUAGUGCUGUAUGCAGGGACUAUGUGCUGAACUGCAACAUCCUUCCACCAUUAUUAAUGCUUUUGACCAAAUCCACUAGAUUGACCAUGACUAGGAAUGCAGUUUGGGCUUUGUCUAAUCUCUGCAGAGGAAAAAACCCUCCGCCUGCUUUUGAAAAGGUGUCACCCUGCCUGCCAGUUCUGUCCAGGCUUUUAUUUAGCAGUGAUGCAGACUUGCUGGCAGAUGCCUGCUGGGCCCUGUCCUACCUCUCCGAUGGCCCCAAUGACAAAAUUCAAGCCGUCAUUGACUCUGGCGUCUGUAGGCGUCUUGUAGAACUACUCAUGCACACUGACUAUAAAGUGGCUUCUCCUGCUUUGAGAGCUGUAGGCAACAUUGUAACUGGAGACGAUAUCCAAACACAGGUGGUGUUGAACUGCUCAGCGCUGCCUUGUCUGCUGCACCUUCUCAGCAGCGCUAAAGAAUCGAUUCGCAAAGAAGCAUGCUGGACUAUCUCUAACAUCACAGCAGGAAACAGAGCACAGAUUCAGACAGUAAUUGAUGCCAACAUCUUCCCAGUGCUUAUUGACAUUCUACAGAAAGCAGAAUUCAGGACUAGGAAAGAGGCAGCUUGGGCCAUUACAAAUGCCACCUCUGGAGGCACACCAGAACAAAUCAGAUAUCUUGUGAAUCUGGGCUGUAUUAAGCCCUUGUGCGAUCUGUUGACUGUGAUGGACUCAAAGAUUGUUCAGGUUGCCCUCAAUGGGCUGGAGAACAUCCUGCGGUUGGGCGAGCAGGAGGCAAAGCAGGAGAACAACGGCACUGGUGUCAACCCUUACUGCAGCCUCAUUGAAGAAGCCUAUGGUCUGGACAAGAUUGAGUUCCUUCAGAGCCACGACAACCAGGAGAUCUACCAGAAGGCUUUUGACCUCAUUGAGCAUUACUUCGGGGUGGAGGAUGAGGACAACAGUCUAGCCCCUCAGGUGGACCAGGCCAACCAACAGUUUCUUUUCCCCCAGCAGGAGGCCCCCAUGGAGGGCUUCCAACUAUAAGUCGCCACCACGCUCCUCUAACCCCCCCUCCCCCCCUCUUUACGUCUAUGUAUCAUGGAGGGCCAGUAGAUACCGGAGUCAUACCCCCCUAUUCCCUUCCUUGGUCUACCACUACCCUACAAAUACACACACACAGCUGUUUGGAGGAAAGAUAAAACUGUUCUGCUCUCCAGCCUAAAAAUGCACCCCGUACCUCCCUCCCCUUUUCAUUCUGCUCAAACCAUGGACUGAGUUUUUGUAGGGCAGUCUCUUGUUAUCUGGUGGGGGGGUGCCACAUUAACUCCAUCUCACUUAGUAGAGGAAGUGAUCACCUCAAAUAGCCCAAAGCGUGAGUCUGCCCAGGCUUCAAAUGCACUCACAGACAUCCUCCUGCCAGAUGGUAGCUUGCACAUUAUCUUGUUGGCAGUAACAGUGAUUUGAUGAUUGAUAUCUUUCUACAUUUUGAUUUCUUUUUCCAAUGGGACAUUCCUAUUUUCAGGAUAACCCAUGCAUUCCCGUGCAAAGUCGAUAGACGGGUGUGUGAGGUGAAAUAUGCUCUGCUAUUGAUGUCAUUUUGACUUGUAGUGCAUUUCAAAAAUAUAUUUACAAUAUUAUUGCCCCCUUUUUUCUUUUUUUUUAUUUGAAUAAUUAUUUUCCCCUCUCCUUUUUUUUCCAGUGGUUGGGACUUUCCUAUCCUUUUCUAAUCAUGUAUAACACUUAGUUUACUGCCAAGAGGCUCCCUGGUCACUAGGCUUAGGGCUGGUCUCUGCAUAUCUGCUGAUUUGGAGGGUAGCAUUUGUAUGGGACAAAGAUUGAGAGGCACAAAAUGUCCACUUCAAGUCAAGGGCUUUCUAUAAAUAUUUGCGUAAGGUUCGAGGUGGCAGAAAGCAUAAAACCUUAGAGUAAUCUGCGCGUAGGAAGGGCUUAGGAAGGAAAUAGAAUUGGUGUUUAAGGAUACAGGAUUCAGCUGUUUAAUGCAGGUUUUGAGGGUGGUUAUAGAUAGAGAUCCAAUGUUCGUUGUGUGCUGUGUUAUUAAUAACAAGAAAUUUAAAUUAUGAAGUGAUCUAAUUAUUUAACAAGGCAUAACUGAGGCAUUGAGUGGGACUGUGGCGGGGUCAGCAGCAGUGAACCAAUUGUAUUUUUAUAUAUUUACCACGCUGAAAAGAUUUUCAGAUGUUUAAAGUAGAGAGUGGCAGACUUGUAGUAGAAAUGUCAUGAGAUGCUACGUUUCCCCUGAAGCCCAGUGUAAACUGGCUGUUGCUGGCUCCAAUCCCUCCCCUCACUUCCCAGUUGUAUGUGGUAGGGUUCUUUGCAUGGUGUUCUAUUACCCUGCCUCCAGUCGCUGAGUAUCCCUGGCCAAACAUAGAUCGUAGACACAGAAGAAACAGUGUGAAGAAACACUUAAGUGUUGCUGAGUGACAAAGCCACAGCUUUGCCACAGAUAAUUGCUUUGGUGGUGUUGACAGUGUAGUGACAGUGGUGUUUUGUGUAGUGAUCGAGUUGAUAUACCCCUUAACUUUGUGUAUCACUAUUCUUUCGAGGAAUGGGGGCGACAACUAAAGUGAUUCUUGCAUGGGUCUACUGUGAUAUGUACUGAUGUUAGUAGCAUAUCCUCUUCCUGGCUGCAACCCUUCUAGCCAGCCAGCAUUUGGCUAGGGAUAACUCGUAGACAAGUGACAAGCCUAACUGCAACAAAGACAAAUUCAAGUAUACAUAUAUAUUUGAAUUUUAUUGCAUUUGAAAUAUAUAUAAAUAUAUGUAUCUGCGCACACUUCAUGCACACUUGCAUACAACACCAGCAGACAUUGUACACACUUCACAGAUGAGUGGCUAGUAGUGAGUAAAAUAGUUUCCAUAGUCUUUGGAUUAAGAAGAGUUAUUGUUUGAUUUUGGAAUUUAUUUUUUCAUAUUUGAAGUGGGGAAAAGGCCAUUUUGGCUGUCUUUUGUUUCUUUAUAAUGAUUUUUGCCUCACUUCUUUUAAGUUCAGACAUUGAAGAAUCGAGGUUUGAUCAAUCCAAAAGCAAGAUCGCGCACAAACAAGCCUUAUGGAAACUCUUUUUUUCGUUGUUCCUAGCCACAUGACUUAUGAUGGUUUAAAUUUACCCUGGAACAUUGACCUGGGAUCAGCUCUGCCCACUGAUGGCUUCUGAUCUCGCGUCAGUGUUCAGGCUUUGAGUAGAGCAGAACUUGUUGCGUGAUGUUUGACUGACAGGCACUGUGUGAGGGAGAGGUUGAUUGACUCUGCGACUAUGUCCCUACCUGAUUCUGGGAGCCCCUGUUCUGUGAAUCACUGAAGCGGCCCAAAUCUUAAGUCAAGAAAAUGUGAGCUGAGUGGUGUUUUGUUAACCAAAUAUUAAUGCUUUAAUCUGUAGAAGAGUGUAUACACCUUUUUGACCAGUAACACUGCUAAAGGCACAGAUCUUUGCCUGUUUUUAUUUGAUUUGUUUAGUGUUCAGUUUUUCCGUUAGAAUCUUAGUGUGCAAGGCACAACAGUUAAAGCAUUAAUACAGAGGAGCAUGUGUCACUGGGACUAUUUUGGCUUUGUGAGUUGAUAAUAUCCGCAGAACAUGUGUGCUUCUGGUCGACAUAAGAGGUCAAAAAGCAAACAAUUUAGCCAGAACUUCUCUUUACAUGACCGAUUGAUAGUGGGGCGUUUAUGACUGACAACAUGUAUUGUAUGGUCGGUUCUGUUCUUGGCCUACGAAUACAACCAAUGCCGGAAUUGCAGUGUUUUUCAAAAAGCAGUGCAUCAACCAGAAAAACUAUAUAUUUCUGAAAAAUGUAAAAUGCACUCCUAUUCACAAAAGUGCCAAUCUGACCAACAAAGACUGGAGGUUGUUAUGUAUCUGUCUUUGACUUACAGAUUUUUUUUUCUUUAUACCUUUAUCAUUUACUUGAAUGUGCACAUACUCUGUGCAAAAAUAUUGCUGCUCUCUUUUUCUUAAUCUUUUAAAUUUCUAUCAUUAGCCAUUGCUUCUCUGGAAAAGUGGUUUUCCUUACUGUGGGCACCUAAAAUAAGGAAUCAAAUUUAGGAAGUCUGAUUUUUCUGUACCGGGCAGAAAUGGCUAGCAGGCUAAAACUGGUCUUUCAGCUACUCUUUAUCCAUUGGUCUGAUUGUCCCCAGGCUCUACAUUGCAUAGCUAAGCUGCAGAUAUAUUCAUUAUAAUUGUGAUGAAUAUAAUAGUUAGCAUUUUGCCAUGGCUGUGGUCUGCAGCAGAUACAGUGCAAACAGAAAUUGUGCUGAUAAACCUAUACAUUAUGACUAUCAUAGGCCAGGUACUAACCAUAUUGUUGUUAGUUUACCAAAGUUUGUCAUCCUAAAGGCUGAAAAAAUUGACUUGAUGCUUCUGUCAGUACUUCUUGUACUUGGCUUGUGUUCACGAGUCAGUAUAAUAACGCUUCAGGCUGUUUUCAAAUGUGCUUCAUUUCAUUAGAAGCUGCUCAAGCUUAGUCCCUCUCUCCUCAGUUUUGUUUUCAAGUACUGUUUAGGCAGACAGAAAAUCAGCAACAUAAUACAGAUGACUGCAAUAAAUAAUCAGGCGUCCCAGAGGUAGAGGUCCACCUACAAACUGCUCUCACAGGUGACACUCCUUCCACUGUGUGGAGCUAACAGAGGCAACUACUUGACAUUCUUCUAAGAUAAAAUCUGGGAUUCAGAAAUUGAUGUGAUUUACAUUAAAAAGUAUUAUAAGUUUAAAGUAUAUGUAUGUUCUGAUACAUUGACAGGGAUUCAGAUUCUAAUCACUUCUGAGAAGUGGAGGAAAAGGCUCAAUGUAAAAUUUAACUGAGAAAAAACUAAAAAGAGGAAGGGAUACAACGCUUUUUUGCUUUUCUUGAUGUUUUUCCUGAUCAGGAUAUCCUGGAUUGUAUUUUUGGAUAAUUGUGCUUAGUUAAGUUUGUCCUAGUCAGGCUGCAUGAUCUGGAAUCUUGUUACCUAUAGGGGAUUGAACAGACAUCACUAAAUAUCUCAAAUCUGUCUUCCGUCCUAGAAGCUGUUUGCAUCUAUAUCAGAAUUUAAAGCCACGUUUGACUUGGUCAAGUAAUGUCUACGCUACAAAUGUUUACAGUGCUACAUGUUUGUAAAAUACGUUUCAUAUGCCAUCACUGACCAGUCCUGGUGUACUCUCUGUUCUGGUCCUCUCAUUUCUUUUACACAUAUUUAUUUUCUCUAUUACUUUAUGAUUUCUCAUUUGUUCAAAUGACCCAUCUUAAACUGUGACUUGACUUGACUUUACCGACGGUAUGAAUGAGUGACAAUACACUUCAACUAUACAUGACACACAAACAUGAACAUGGGGAAAGAGUACAUACAGGAAAUGGUAACAAAUAAAAAAUGUAAAAAAAAAAAAAA